CUGUCGUACCUGUAUUGACCGUGUUAAACAAAAUGGCUGCUUAAGUGACAUGCCUUAUCUAGCUUUAGCACUCCAAUCCUACAGAGGACCUCUAUUUUUAAACUACAGCUUUAUGCCUGCGUCUUAUUGACGAUAACACCGACUAAACUCAGCCAUCUACAAACGAAGAAUGUAGUGUUCCAUUCUGUUUAUUCUACAUCACGCUAACAACGUGUGCGGUACUAGCAAAGAAAUCCAUAGUAGCAGAACUCGUAGUGCAAGCGAAAAAGUUUCUGAGACUUAAAGAAAGGAAUCUUCAAUUCAAAGAUAUGGCGCAUACGUUUGUAGGUUUUGUAUUGGCAUUGUCCGUCCUGUUUUCGCCAGUAGUCGGCUACUGUCCGUCCACCUGUGAAUGUAACCGACCAGAAGAACUUCAUUGCUCACAUCUUGCAUCUUUGGGUGACAUCCAAGACCGCUCCUUGGUUAAAAAGUUGAAUAUAACGAACCAUACAAUUACGGCAUUAAAGAAAGGAGAUUUAGUCGGAUUCACACAGCUAGAAGUGUUGAAUUUCACUAAUGGAAUUCUUGAAAGGAUUGAAGUUGGUGCUUUUGGAGACGUAAAUGACACUAUAAGAGUCGUCAGUGUAUUUCUAAAUAAAUUGGAAGGAGUUGAAACUCAAGUCUUUCAUGAUUUAGCAAAGUUGGAAAAGGUUUACCUAAGAGAAAAUAAGAUUCGUUCUGUCAAGGCAGGCACGUUUGUUAACCUACCAAAUGUGAAAACUAUUGACUUAGCUGGAAAUAAUUUAACACAUAUUGAAAACCAGACGUUUGUUAACGUAUCAGUUUUGGAAGAAUUACGAUUUGAAUUUAAUAAAAUCAGAUCACUCCCUCUCAAAAACUUGAGUUCCAUAGACUCAUUGAAGCACCUAUUCUUGACACAAAAUCAAAUACCAGACACAUACGACGAUGGCUUUUUGAACUUCACCAGUCUAGAAACUCUAGAACUGGACGGUAAUCCACUUGAAGUUGUCGGAGCUUUCCCUAAAAUAGGAGAGAAGUUCUCCAAACUAAAUCUGGGUUUUACGAAUGUACGCACCACGGACCAUAACACUUGGGAAAACCUUGGGAACUUGAAAACCCUAGGUCUGGACCACACCCAUUUUUCUCACUUAUCAUUAGGAAUGUUCUAUGGUUUGGGAAACGUUAGCAAUCUGCUAAUGGCCUUCCAGCACGACCUCGUUCACAUAGGACCAGAUGCUUUUCAUGGGAUGGAUAACCUUACCAAUGUGGACUUUAGGCAUAGUCAUAAACUGAAUUUGAUUGACGAAACGGCCUUUAUGUCAAACAAAAAGCUGUCCGACCUCUUUCUUACAAACUGCUCGCUUCAGAACAUUCCUGAAUUUUUGGCUCCUUGGAAAGACAUGAACGAACUUGACGUUCAACAUAAUCCUAUUCACUGUGAUUGUAAAAUGCGUUGGGUAUUGGACAAUUCCAAAUUUGGUGACAAUUUAAACGUGAAAGAAGCAUUGCAGAAUCUCGAAUGUGCGACACCUGUGGUACUUUUAGGAAUGAAACUAGGACAGCUUUCACCAAAUCAGUUCCAAUGCUACAACCCUGACCAUAAGGCGCGUGUAAGUACUGGAAUCAUUGUGGCCAUCGUGGUUGUGGUCCUGGUGACGCUGUCAGCGGUGAUGUUCAAGUUUAGGAAACAGAUCAAUGCGCGGUGCCGACGGUACUACCAGUACAGUAGAUACAGGAACGAGCUUGUCUUUACAGUGGAUCACGACACGUCUAUCGCAGAGCUGGAGGACACCGUUGACACAAAACCGCUCACAAAUUUGAAACUUGAACAAGUUGCUUGAAGGAAGGAAAAAAUGCCACAGAGUGCAUUUAUUUAUUAUACAUAUCAAUUAAUUCGUUCCAAUUGGCAUACUAGUACGUGAGCAAUGCAGGUAAAUAAAUGUAUACAUUGUGGUUAUCUGCCUGGGUGCCAAGAAACUAGAGCGAAAAAGACAAGAUUAGUAGAGUGCAUCUUUUUAUUUAGUUUGGUUUAUAGUAAAUAGUGUUGUAUAUACUUAUUAUAUAGCGGCUGUAUUGGUAAAAUAUUCUUCCGCAUCUAAUAGUCCACAGGAUCAGAUAAUUUGGAGCGAAAGUGGUGCUGAAGUAAACGAUAUUACCAAAAUGAG